GUAGUGAAAAUGGGAGGAUCUAGAAGGAGGCCGUCUCCUGUGUAGUGUAUAUUUAUCUGUAAGUGAGCUGUUGGGGAAGGAAUUAAAUACAGAGACACUGUCUGCUUGCUGCCUUAAGACAGCGAAGCUGAAUUGCUGAUUUGCUUUAACUUUUAAAAUACCCAGCUUGGUUUAUUUUUCUUAGAAUCAUUGUAUUGCUAAGACUGGGGACGCUGUUUUCUUUCACAAAGGGAAUCUAAGUUCAUUUCAAGGCAUUCGAAAUGGGGAAAGACUAUUAUUGCAUUUUGGGAAUUGAAAAAGGAGCUUCAGAUGAAGAUAUUAAAAAAGCUUACCGAAAACAAGCCCUCAGAUUUCAUCCGGACAAGAACAAAUCUCCUCAGGCAGAGGAAAAAUUUAAAGAGGUCGCAGAAGCUUAUGAAGUAUUGAGUGAUCCUAAAAAGAGAGAAAUAUAUGAUCAGUUUGGGGAGGAAGGGUUGAAAGGAGGAGCAGGAGGUACUGAUGGACAAGGAGGUACCUUCCGGUACACCUUUCAUGGCGAUCCUCAUGCCACAUUUGCAGCAUUUUUCGGAGGUUCCAACCCCUUUGAAAUUUUCUUUGGAAGACGGAUGGGUGGUGGUAGAGAUUCUGAUGAAAUGGAAGUAGAUGGAGAUCCUUUUAGCGCCUUUGGAUUCAGCAUGAAUGGAUAUCCAAGAGACAGGAAUUCUGUGGGGCCAUCCCGCCUCAAACAAGAUCCUCCAGUUAUUCACGAACUUAGAGUAUCACUUGAAGAAAUAUAUAGUGGUUGUACCAAACGGAUGAAGAUUUCUCGAAAAAGGUUAAACCCUGAUGGAAGGAGUUAUAGAACUGAGGACAAAAUUCUUACUAUCGAGAUAAAAAAAGGGUGGAAAGAAGGUACCAAAAUUACUUUUCCAAGGGAAGGAGAUGAAACACCAACUAGUAUUCCAGCAGACAUUGUUUUUGUCAUUAAAGAUAAAGAUCACCCAAAAUUCAAAAGGGAUGGAUCAAAUAUAAUUUAUACUGCUAGAAUUAGUUUACGAGAGGCAUUGUGUGGCUGCUCAUUUAAUGUGCCAACGAUGGAUGGAAGAACCAUACCUAUGACAAUAAAUGAUAUUGUGAAACCUGGAAUGAGGCGAAGAAUUAUCGGAUAUGGGCUACCGUUUCCAAAAAAUCCUGAGCAACGUGGUGACCUUCUAAUAGAAUUUGAGGUGUCCUUCCCAGAUACUAUAUCCUCAUCAUCCAAAGAAGUUCUUAGGAAACAUCUUCCUGCCUCAUAGAAUGAAAAACUUUGUUACCCAUAUUUUGAUAAGGCACUGAAAAUAUAAAAGGACUGGCCAUUUACUGAUGUAGAUGUGAAUUCUGUAUAAAGACAUGUAAAUUAUUUCGAGGGUUCAUUAAAUUGCAUGAAAAGAGACGGGUCAAAUAAAAAGGCAAAAGGGAUUUUUACAGUUAGAGAAGGAGAGAAAACCAUUCACUGUAUUUUAUUUCAUUUCUCCCAAAUCAUAAAAUUUUAGUAUUUUGCUUACAUGUAAAACUUGUUUCUGUGGAGUUAGUAGAUAUAUUUCUAAUAAAGUACUAGGUUAUCCAAGUACUUUAUUUCUUAUAUCUUUACAUUAUCGGUAUGAUAGGUUCUCAUUUAUAAUGGAAAUUUAAAUCCUUAACGAAACUAUACAUGUGAUAGGUAUUUCUAGAAAAUAAAAACCCAAGUCACUUGGAAAUCUGGUUAACUAGAUUAAAGUCACCAUAUGAAAUGCUGCUAUAGGGCUGGUACCCAUAAAAGGAUAUCCUAAUACAUAUAUUUCACCAUUUUGAUUUUUAAAGUAUGCUGUAGCAUUUCUUAAUAACAUAGUUGUAAUGUUCUUAAGGCAGACCUUUUCUUCAUAAAAAGGAUAUUAAUGGCAAUUUAUCUCCUGUGGAAAUCCCAAUUGGCCUGAAUUACUGAUAUUUUAGAAAUAGGUUGUUUUUAAAAUGCCAUACAUAAUUUUAUGCAAGUUGACUAUAUAUCUUGGACUUAAUAAAUUAUAGGUACAUUUUAUUGUCCACUAGUUAAAAAUAAUUUGUUUGAUAAUAAAUGUGUUUUUAGAGGAAAUAUUGUUACUUGGAAUUAAUUUUCCAAUUACACAGCCUUCUAUAACUUACUCAUAAUAUGCUAUAUGUACCAUAUGCAAUUUCCCUAAAAAGAAUAAACUACCACUAUGGUGUUAAACCAAAAUAUGGGGAAAAUAAACACUAACUGCUGCUUAUGAA